UGGCAGGCCGUCAUGCGGAGACAUCCCCUAACAUAUUGGAAAGAUGUCUCUGGAGCAAACUGAAGAUCUGAAAGCAUUUGAGAGGCGUCUCACGGAGGUGAUUUCACAGCUUCAGCCAGCCACUGGGAGGUGGAGAUUGGUGCUAAUAGUUGUAUCAGUCUGUACUGCCACAGGAGCCUGGAACUGGCUGCUGGAUCCUGAGACAUCACAUGUAUCAUUUUUCCAGUCUCUCCUCAACCAUCCCUUCUUCACCAUCACGUGCAUCAUCUUACUUGGGCUCUUCUUGUGUGGAAUUCAUAAAAGAGUGGUGGCUCCAUCUAUCAUAGCAUCAAGAUGUCGGAUGGUACUAGCAGAUUACAAUAUGUCAUGUGAUGAUACAGGGAAACUAAUAUUAAAACCACGACCGACAGCAUGACGUCAGCUCUAAUCAAAAUGUUAGGAAAAAAGUGACUCCUUCGGGAAUUGUACAUGAACAGCGACAUAAGUAAACCCAGGCUGUUGCUAGGACAAAGUGCUCAUCUGUGUUUUCAUGAAAUAUCUGUAUAAAGACUGUCACAGUGCAAUCGAAUGGCAUAUUAUUAGCUUGAGAAAUAUGCUGUUUUAUUUAUCGUAAAGAGCACAGUGUUGCUGUUCCCUAUAGAGCAUGUUGAGGUUGGAGGAAAAACUGCCAUGUUUCUCUUCAAAAAGCGAGUUUGUUUUAUACUGCAUUGUGGUGAAAAUGGACAGCAUUAUCAUGUUGAAUCCAGUGUUGUAUAAUAAUUGUGAUGUGAAGCCUUGAUGCUUGUAUGGUGGGACAUUGCGCCACUUCAUUGUGACUGAUGUUAUAAACAUGUCCACUAAAUGUACUACUGUCAUUUGUCAGGUUAAGUAGAGAAUAAAUGAUGAACUGCA